AGCCUGAGCUUGGAGAAGAGAGCAGGCACGGUCUGCGCGAGGAGCAGGCGAGCGGGAAGGAAAGACACAGCCACCUUCCUCACCAGCCGGCCCGCAGCUGUUUGUUCCCUAUCUCGGGAGUGCGCCAAUGCCUGGUCCGACCCAAACCCUGUCCCCAAAUGGCGAGAACAACAACGACAUCAUCCAGGAUAACGGGACCAUCAUUCCUUUCCGGAAGCACACCGUGCGCGGGGAGCGUUCCUACAGCUGGGGAAUGGCAGUCAAUGUGUAUUCUACCUCGAUAACCCAAGAGACUAUGAGCAGACAUGACAUCAUUGCAUGGGUUAAUGACAUAGUAUCUUUAAACUACACGAAAGUGGAACAGCUUUGUUCAGGAGCGGCCUAUUGUCAGUUCAUGGACAUGCUCUUUCCAGGCUGCAUUAGUUUGAAGAAAGUAAAAUUUCAAGCAAAGUUGGAGCAUGAGUAUAUUCACAAUUUUAAACUUCUGCAAGCAUCAUUUAAGCGAAUGAAUGUCGAUAAGGUAAUUCCAGUGGAGAAGCUAGUGAAAGGGCGUUUCCAGGACAACCUGGACUUUAUUCAGUGGUUUAAGAAGUUCUAUGAUGCUAACUACGACGGGAAGGAGUAUGAUCCUGUAGAAGCACGACAAGGGCAAGAUGCAAUCCCUCCCCCUGACCCCGGCGAACAGAUCUUCAACCUGCCAAAAAAGUCGCACCAUGCAAACUCCCCCACAGCAGGUGCAGCUAAAUCAAGUCCAGCAUCUAAACCAGGAUCCACACCUUCUCGUCCCUCAUCAGCCAAAAGGGCUUCAUCCAGCAGCUCAGCAUCCAAAUCUGAUAAAGAUUUGGAAACACAGGUCAUACAGCUUAAUGAACAGGUACAUUCAUUAAAACUUGCCCUUGAAGGUGUGGAAAAGGAAAGGGAUUUCUACUUUGGGAAGUUGAGAGAAAUUGAGCUACUCUGCCAAGAACACGGGCAGGAAAAUGACAACCUCGUGCAGCGACUAAUGGAAGUCCUCUAUGCUUCAGACGAGCACGAGGGCCACCCAGAAGAGCCGGAGGCGGAGGAGCAAGUCCACGAACAGCAGCCGCAGCAGCAGGAAGAGUACUGAACCGUCUUGGCAGCUCUCGACGCUUCCAUUUUGCGUGGGAACUUUUCUUCUGGAAAAUUGGAACACGUGUGGCCUCAAGCUCAACAGAAACCAGUUGUUCCCAGUCUGCCGGUAACAUCAACGCACUGUCGCAUACGCCAGCCACUGCGCUCAGUUCCCAUUUCCUUUGCCAAGACACAUUAGCAGCCAGUCAUUUGGCGGCCUCCCUGAGAGAUCAUGGGGUCCCAUACCUUCAACUUCACCACUUGGCUGCGUGAAAUUGGUUCUGCUCUUUUCAUUUCUUUCCAGAACAACUCUCCCCACCCCACUACCACCACCAACACCCUCUUUUGAUCCUGGUGUGAAACAAUGGUAAUUUGAUAUAUGGUAUUUAUAUUGGCAUUUCUCAACCCAGUGUCACUAGAUGUCACACACAUUUGUGGUGCUUUGAUGUUUGCAAGUCUAACCUCUGA